AUGUAUGACAACCUACAACCUCGACCCGACAUACUAUUUUACGGCACCCGGAUUCAGUUUCGACUGCAGGCUGAAGUACACAAAGAUAAGUCUGGAACUUCUAACGGACUACGAUAUGCUGCUGAUGUUUGAAAGAGGUAAACAAUUUUAUAUUUUUUUACAUAACAAUAAAAAUAUUAAUCGAGAAAUUAUUUUUUCAGGGAUACACGGCGGUCUCGUACAGGCGAGUAUCCGGUACGCGAAGGCGAACAAUAUAAUGGUGGAAGACUACGACAAAACAAAAGAACAUUCGUGGAUUAUAUAAUAGGAUUAUAAGUAUAAAUAUUUAAAAAAUAUAUAAAUAUCAGUCUCAUAUUUAUAAUUUUUUGUAUUCUGUUUAUUUUAGGUAACAAUUUGUACGGGUGGGCUAUGUCGCAGUGCAUUUGAACGAGACAUCGGAUAUCGCCCGGGUAUACGAGGUAGACAUUGAGUACCUAGAACAUCUACACGAGGACCACAAUGACUUUCCUUUCCUUCCAAAUAACGGAGUGCCGCCCGAUUCCAAGGUGAAGAAACUGAUGGUGAACAGGCUGAUUGUAAAAAAGGUAAACAUUUUUAUUUUAUUUUUCAUUUUAUUUAUUAUAUUUUUUGUAUUAUUAAUGUUACAGGUACAUAGAGUUAUGCAGUUCAAUCAGUUACCGUGGUUGAAAAAAUAUAUUUAUUUGAAUACCGAUAUGAGGAAGAAGGCAGCUAAUAAUUUUGAAAAAGAUUUCUACAAACUGAUGAACAAUACAAUAUUUAGUAAGUAAUUUCUAUUAUUAUAAGAACUUAUAUCUUAUUAUAUUAUUAUGAUUUUCAAGGUAUGACGAUUGAAUCUAUGAGACGGAGGAUUAAUAUAGAGUUGGUGUCUAAUGAACAAAGAGUGCAAAAAUUAAUUAACAGAAUAACGUUUAAAUAUUGUACGACUUACAACGAAAAUCUAUGUGCUAUAUCACUGGAGAACAAAAUAAUAAUUUCUGCAAUUCUAUCUAUAUUGGAUUUGCCGUAUUGGACAUCUCAAAAAAUAAAAAUGUAUGACUACCACUAUAACGUCAUGAGGAAGCAUUUCAAAGACACCAUCAGCUUGUUGUACACCAAUACAAGUAAAUUAUUUUUUUUUUUUUUUUCUUAUACGUAUUAUAUUGUUUUUAUUAUUGUUUUUCAGAUUCGUUAGUGUAUCAUAUCAAGACUAAAGAUUUUGACUUAGACCUGCGAAGUAAACCUGGACUUUUGGAGUGUACAGACACGGUCAAUCGACCGAAAGAUCACCAAUGCUACGUUAAAGAGAGAAAGAAGGUACCUGGUCUGUUCUCUGAAGAGUCUGAUGGAAGAACAAUAACCGAGUUUUGUGCGCUGCGGGCAAAAUCUUAUGCGUACAAGAUAAAUGGAGUGAAGAAGAUCAAGGCAAAAGGAAUCCGAGGACAUGUUGUUAAAAAUCAUAUGACAUUUAACGACCAUAACAAGUGUUUGUUCGGUGUUAGAGAUCUGAACGUACAUAGGGAGAAUGUUUCCAUUUGGUGGUUCCUCCACCAACUCAAAACCAUAUUCACAAACAAGCUGGCCUACAACAAAUAUGAUGAUAAGAGGAUAACUAUGAGAGAUACACACAAUGGCAUAUAGACACUACCAACUACUAUAAGACAGCAAAUAAAAAUGUAUUUACCUACUUCUAAAAAUUAUAAAAUAAAAAUAUAAAUAUUGUAU